UAAUGUGGACAAGUCUGCAGACAAGUGGUGGGCCGAGAGCCCUGUCCUUCCCAUUUGGAUGGCGAAUCAGAUGAUUGAUCCCAUCAACAGAUUCAGCGCAUCCAUGCAAUGGCCCGGAAGUCAUGUCCACUAUAGAAAUCAGACGAUUAAAUAUCUGCAAGACUUUGACAAUAAGAUGGAAUGGACGGCGAGAGUGGAUAAGAUAAUUGAGUGGAUGUCUGACACAACAGAGCCUGCAAACUGUGUGUUCGCGUACUUCGAUGAACCGGACACUACUGCCCACGAGUUCGGACCAUUCAGUGAUGAAGUGUUUGCAAUGGUUAGUAAGGCUGACAAUACCACC